CGGCCACACGACAUGCAGCCUUUACUGGACAUAAUUAAACGCCUCUCAACCGAACUUGCAGCAGCCUAUGCAGAGAUAGCCAACUUACGUCAACAGGUGGCCCAACUUCAGGAACAAGCGAUACAGCAAUCUACGAAUAUGAAUCAACCCAACCAUCACGAAGAUGACAAAUAUCUCAGCUCCAAAGAUUUUCUUGCACUACCCUCCCAAACACCUCCAUGGCAUAACCCUCAGCGUAUUUCCGAAAUCAAGCGUAGUCUUACAGAGCAUGAACAACAACGUCGAUUGCAAUGGCAAGAAGCAGCCGCACGUUUCCUACAACCACCAUCUGAAAAUCAAGGAUUUCAAUACGUAUAUUUGCCAACUAAAGCAUGAGUCCUAUCGGCCAGAUUCGUACUCGUUUGAGAAGACUCGAUAUUACGAACAACCGCAUAUUGGAUAUACACUAUUCAGGCCGCAAUGUUGUUGCG